CUUUAAGGAUUCACAUGAAAAUGAGCCACAAACAGCGGCGUUACCGGUAACAGUAACGUUAAGGGUCGUAAUAACUGUUUGUGUGCGCUCAUUCGCCCGCGCUCUCUCCCUCAUUCAUACACACACAUCACUACAGUCGCCGCCGCACGCGCUCUCCGUCACAUCUGUGUGAGAGGUUAGAAAGCUAGCUAACGAGGGUUCUUCUCUGUUGUUAUAGAGUUAAAGCGGUGUUUUCUCGUGUUGUUAUGUGUAGACGUGGUUGUCUUUGAAUAAGGGAUUAUCUACAUUUCCCCUCGGCUGACCGGGAGCCGCCAUGGAAUGCCGUGUUCUGUCCAUACAGAGCCAUGUAGUCCGGGGAUACGUGGGCAACAAGAGCGCCUCUUUCCCGUUACAGGUUUUAGGAUUUGAGGUGGACUCCAUCAACUCGGUGCAGUUCUCCAACCACACAGGUUAUUCUCACUGGAAAGGUCAGGUGUUGACGGCAGAUGAGCUGCAUGUUCUUUAUGAGGGAAUCAAACUGAACAACGUACACCAAUAUGACUAUGUAUUAACAGGGUAUACCAGAGACACGUCUUUUUUAGAGAUGGUGGUGGACAUUGUUCAGGAGCUAAAGAGAGCCAAUCCUAAUCUGGUUUAUGUAUGUGACCCCGUCCUUGGUGAUCAUGGAUCCAUGUAUGUUCCUCAGAAUCUUUAUCCGGUCUACAAGAAUAAGGUUGUUCCUGUUGCAGACAUCAUUACUCCUAACCAGUUUGAGGCUGAAUUAUUAACAGGGAAAAACAUCACCUCACAGAAGGAUGCUGUGGAGGUGAUGGACCUUCUACACGCUAUGGGCCCAGACACAGUCGUUAUUACUUCCUCUGAUCUUCCCCCCAGACUGGGAGACCGCUUCCUCGUCUCACUGGGUAGCCAGCGUCAUGUUCGUCCAGAUGGAAGCAGGACGACACAGAGAGUUCGAAUAGAAGUCCCCAAAGUGGACGCCGUCUUCGUAGGAACUGGAGAUCUGUUUGCAGCCAUGCUGCUUGCAUGGACACAUCAUCACCCCAAUGAUCUAAAGACGGCCUGUGAAAAGACUUUUUCAGUGAUGCACCAUGUUAUCAAGAGGACCAUAUCUUAUGCUCAUGAGUUGGCAGGUCCCGGUCGGAGGCCCAGUCCGCCUCAGCUGGAACUCAGGAUGGUUCAAAGUAAAGCCGACAUAGAAGAUCCCGCUAUAGUAACGGAGGCCACCAUCAUAUCCUAACAUUGACAUCCCAUAAGACUCACACUAACUCCCCCGCCCUCUUCACCCCAUCGACUUCUAAAAUACUGUAUCUCAGUAAAAAAAAAAUUUAAAAAUGCCGUUUAGCUUCAACAUGUCAUCAUCCAGACUUCUCAAACACUUUAGUAUCAUAACACCUCCCUCCUGUGAUCCUGAGACCUUUAUCCCUUUAAGUCCUCAGUGUCGUAACUGUUUAAACCAGAACCACCCCGACCUGUAACUACCAAGUUGUUUUGCCUCGACCCUGUUCUGGAACCAGAGCCAUGGAUAGACUGAAGCUUUGAUCUGAGUGGACUGUAUCCGCUUAUGCUGACAGUAGCUGUGUUUCCAUUACAAAUGGCCACAAAACUAUUCCGCUAAUGUAGAAAAAAUACAAUUCUGCAGUUCAUUAAAUGAGAAACGCAUUUAAAAUCACAAAUAAAUAAGUUUGUUCAUUAGAAAACAUAACAUGCCAUGAUCCUUCAAAUACUUCUUUGUUUUUUUGUCAUUUGCAACACACAGUUGUUCAUCAUUUGAUUUGAGUGAUGCCAAAAAACUUUCCAUUGCAGUUUUGUGAAAUAAAUACAUUUUGGUACGGUCAUAAAAACCACCUCAUCCUAGUGCCAAAACCUUUCAUAGACAAGUGGAGUUUUUUUUUAAUUGGUGUCUUUCCAUUAAGCAAAUUAUUUUCAAAAUGUCAACUUGUGCAAUUAUAUGGUCAUUGGAAACACAGCUAGUGAUGCAGUAUUGAACCUCACUCUCAGUGUUGCAUUUAUGUGGAGGCUAAUCACACAAGCACAAAUAAUACACAAAGCCUUGCAAAAGUAUUCACUGUAUGUAUUUAUGCAUACCUUUGCAAGGUACUGCUAGGUGCUACAAAUGAGACUUUUUCUAAUCAGUUAUACGUUGAUUAUCAUUCUAAUAAUGCACAAUGCAGUGAACACCACAAAAUUUUAUAUUUAUUGUAGCAUUUGAUAACAAAAAUCAUUGAGAUAAAUGAACUUUAUUUAUGUAGAACCAAUUCACCACAAUGUUAUGUAAAUUGCAUUUGAGUAGAAAAGUAAUUUCAUUUCAAUCACACAUAGAUUCCAAUAUACCUCAGUUAUUAAACAGUUCAUUAAGCUCAGUUUAUUACUGAGAUUAGCUUAAAAUGUUUCUGUCUAAGGAGACCCAGCAGAUUGUAUUGUGUCAUUGACUUGCCGCCUUCACUUUACCCGGACAGACUGACGGUAGACAAUCUCUUGCAUUGUCCCAAUACCUUUGUAACAAUCCUUCAUAUCGACCAAGCAUGUUGUGACAGUGGAGAGAGAAAACUAACCUUUAACAGGAAGAAACCUUCAGCAGAAUCAGAACCUGGCACAGAACCAGGGGUAUCUGCCAAGACUGACUGGGAGUUUGAGAAGGCAGAGCAGAAAAACAAAAAGAAACAGAAAAACUGAUGUAGAUAUCAUAUUAGACUCAUUGCAGAUAGGAAUAAAGAGGAGUCAAUUUCCACCAAAAACUUCAGAAAUACUGAGAUUACUUACAGACAUUUGCUAGAAAAAAAUAAGAAAAUUUCUUUGAUUAAUCUCAGAGAAAAAGAAAUUUGAUUUAAGAUUGUUGUAACUUUCUAUGUUAAUGAAAAUUGAAAAGUUAGUCACACGCACAUUUAGUCAAACACAAAACACACCCCUGAACCUCUCUGGUGAUCUCUGACUCUGACCACAGUGAUUAAUCACUCUAGCUAUGGCUCUGUCUUCCUUUUACUUUAACCCCUUCUCCCCCAGUCUUACAGCAGUGACGUAAUGGUGACCAAGUCUAACCCUCAACAUAAAGAAGAAAAAAAACUGCACAAUGUAUAGUUGAUGUAUAGAUGUUGUACUAUAAUUGUAUUGGACCAUCUGUAUGAUAUCUGAUCUGUCUGCUGGACCAUUGUGUUAACGCUAUUGUACUAUAAACCAGAUGCACAACAAUAUCACUAAGCAGAGACCAUCUGGGCUGGUUGUGGCACAGCCGGACACGUCAAGUCAUUGUAACUUCAUAGUUAAUGUCCGAUAGUCGUAGUGUCAAGUUGAGCUUAUUUCAUGAAGAGAAAACUGGGUGGCAAGAGCUGUUUCCAACCCAGUCGGCUUCCAUGGUGCCAUAACCACCCCAUAUCAUGUCGGCCACUUAACGGCCCAGUUCUGACCCAGAACCUUAUAUCUUAUAUCCAACCCUAACCUUCGAUAUGCUGCCUUUAGCUAAAUACAUACAUUUUGACCGAAAUAAUUUGUAUUUUCUUUAGAUUUAACCACUGACAAUGGCGCUUUAAUGGCGUCCCUUCCUUAUUUAUUAUUGAUGUGUGACUACAACAAUCAGCUGUGUCUCUGUUAAUCACUGCAGCAGCUCAGAUGAGGCAGAUAUAAUGAGUCUGCAGAGUUUCCUGGGUGGCUAUUUUGCUUGUCUGCUGCAGAAGAAAGCCAGACGUCAAUUUAGGAGGUGUCGUCCACACAUAAUGAGUUCUAUUUCAGAAAACUAAACAGACAUCCACAUCAGAAAACAAUGUGGGUAUAAUAAUAACUAUGAUGAUGAUGAUGAUGAUGAUGUGAAUGUUGAGAGGAGUGACUAUAGACAUGUUGUGUCUUAUUCAGGAAAUUUUGUUCAUGCGCACAAUGCUGGAGGGUCAUUCUUUUACUUGCCAUCCAUUGCCAUGUUGCCGCGGUAGAACAAUUCUGUUAACUAAAUGAAAUCUGGAAAUGUAGUUGUUAAUUCAGUGCAAUGCGCAAUGUGGCAGCAGUUUUUCAAAAGAAAAACUGUUGGAGAUGAACUCAAAACCACUUGUAUUCUUUUAUUUUCCUUGCUCUAUAUGUCAACUACACUAUACGCAGACUUGUUGUCAUAGCAACUGACUGACAACAGGUCCAAAAGAGCAUCAGGAUUCAACACCAAAGCACAUGUCCAGAACAUUUCCUCUGUUACAUUAUUAUGUUUUCAAUUUUGAUGUUUAUUUUGCGAAUAAUAAGUGGUCGUCUGAACACAGCAGUGCUUGAUUAGCUAAUUUAAACACCUGCUCUAGCUCUAGAGAGUUGGUGUGGGUUUUUUUUUUGUUUGUUUGUUUUAAUUGAGCCAGAACGCACUAAAUUCUGCAGCACAUCUACAUCAUGUUAAGCCUACUACCCUCUCCCUCAUUUUUUUUUAAUUGGAACUCUUUACUAACCUGUGAAAUGUGACACCUUUAGACCUUUUUAUCUAGUUGUAGUAUUAACAAUUAGUAGCAAAACACUGCGUCCCUAUUCCUUUUAUAUAUGACAUGUACAUUUAAAAUUUAGCGCCUUAUGUUGACAACUAAAGCUAAUGGUAGUUAUCAUCACCAACCACGUUUUCUUGUUCCUGACAUCAAGCUGCAGUGUGGGAUAAUCCAUUUCUAGUGUUGUAGAUUUUGAGCAAGCGAUUAUGAGAGAUUUCUGAUUAAUUUGAAACAGAAACAUGAUGGAGAGGAGCAUAGGGUGAGUCCCAAGUAAGAACAAUCAAGUUGUCCCAAGAGCCUGAAGCAGAUUUUCUUUAGUUGUCCUUGUUUUAGUGCAUCAAUAUCAGUGUGAUAUAUCAAUAUUCAGUAGCAAAAUGAGUAAGGACCAAAAUUUCUUGUUCAAAUUUUAUCAGACAGCUAAUUUUUUUAGGAGUGGUAAAUUCUUUUGUGUUAGAGUUAAGCUUUUAAAAGCAGAGACUUUAGAAAGCUCUUGAAAAGUCCCACACCAGUGGAUAUAAGGUUCUGGGCCGGUUUGUAAUUCUGUACUGCUGUUGUGUCUCUAUGAAAUGUUCUGUGAUACUGCCUUAGGAAGCUAAGAUCAUAACACCACAGCCCUGCUCAUUCAGAGAGAGGUGGAGGGGGGAGGGAAGUAUGCAUGAGUUGUCUUAAAUGUCAGUAUUUUUUAUUUAUUUAUUUUGUUAGUUUUUUCUUUUAGUUCAUGCUUCUUGGUACAAUCUGAAAGAUGUUCUGUCCUGUGGUUUUUUUGUUUUUCUUUGUUACUUUAAACUUUAAAACAGGCUUUAAUUUAGGUUUGUUGGGCCCUGAAAUUUCACCAGAAGAGCGGAGUGUGAACACAAUUAUUUACCUUACUCUUAAAAGACUUUUAUUAAAGAGAAGAAAUUUUGGAGAUAUAACUGCAAAGCUUUUUCCUGCUGUCUGGGGAAACUAUAUAUACCAGACUAUAUAUAUAUAUGUAUAUAUAUAUAUAUAUAUAUAUAUAUAUAUGUAUAUAUAGUCUGGUACAUACAGGAUUCCUACAGGGGUACUUGGAGGAUGCAUAACUACGGUGUACUUCAGGUUUUAUAUUCCAUUAAAACCUGUUACAUUUGUGAGCCAUGAGAGUGUUUGUUAUAAUGGAAACACCAAGUUAGUCUGGGUUUCUUGAUUAUUAUAUGGACUGGGAAUAAGUUAAAACAAAUCUUGAUCUUUGUGGUUGUUGGAGUGAAUAUGGACAAAUAGUAUGUUUAAUUCAUAAAGUAAUACCUAAUGAAUUGAAUGAAUCAAACUCAUCUAUUUCUUUAGCAUACAACCUUGAUAGUAUACAAGAACAGGAUGCAACUGGGUGGUAAGUAAAUACUCAUAACCCUGGUGUACUUACAGGGUACACCUCCUGGCGUACCUCCUGAUGUACCCUGUAAAUACACCCAAGUUGUGACCAAAUGUAGUCUGAAAGCGCUCUUUAAGUAGGCUGCAGGUAAAUUCUAAGCACAGACAAUCAUAUUGCCUCAUAAAAGAACCUGAUACACUUCAGUUGAACGAUAGCUGUACUAUUGGUACACUAGGCAAACCAAAGCCUCUUUUCCAUUGUCAAGUCUCCCUUUGGCCAGUUAAUGUCUGCUUCAGUUGUAGCCCCGAUGGGUGUGUCUCCUUUGACAGUGUGUUCUUCACUCUGUGGACGGGAACUUGGGCGGACCGUGACAGUGUAGGAGCAGUUGUCGAUUCUCUGAUGAGCAUCGACCACUGUCGAUGGGCGGCCAGUUUCUGGCUACAAUUGAUAGAAAGGUUGGAACCUCAAGGUUUUACAAUGGAAUUACCAAUUUGCAACUUGUCCUCUUUGCCAACUUCUACAGUCUUGUCAUGGAUUGGUUGAGAAGUUGUUGUUCGAGGAGGAAUUUACAGGACCAGUCAAUGAAUACAGUGUGCUUCCAAUCAAAACAGUCAUAUGCGCAAUACCCAGCUUGCAGUUGUGGAGAAGGGGCUCUUGAGAACCAAAUAAGAAGUCAGUGUUUACCCAGGAGGUAUCCUGUAAUAACCUCCAAUAGGAACCCUGUAAGUACCAUUAUAUGGAAUAGGCUGGUACCAUAUGUACCCUUUAAGGAUUGUUCUUACACUUAAAGUAACAUAAGUAUAUUAACUUGCAGAUGACCUGUAAAUAAGCUGGCAGGUACCAUGUAGUGGACUGUUUAUUGUAGUCCUUUUAAAAGACAAUACCCCUUCUCAAGUCAUAAACAUAUGAAGGAAAACUUUGAAAAUUGAACUCAAGAAUCAAAUUUUUUAUUUUUUAUUUUCUGAAAUUCAGUAAA